CUUGAUUGUACCCUGAAUUAAAAAAAUAAGAAACUGUAGAGUUCUCAGAGCUCCUGGUACGAGCAUCUUCCCUUGGGUGGAUUCUUGGCUUUUCUCCCAGCAUGGCCCCCAAACACCAGUCUUCACUUCCACCCCAAGCAAAGAAACCGAAGAAACCAAGACUGACUCCUGCCUCCAAGCCAGAGGAAACGUCUGCUUCUCCGAACUUGACGAACAAAGAAAAAGAACAGCAAGAAGCAAUUGAACAUAUUGAUGAAGUACAAAAUGAAACAGACAGACUUAACGAACAAGCCAGUGAGGAGAUUUUGAAAGUAGAACAGAAAUAUAACAAACUCCGCCAACCAUUUUUUCAGAAGAGGUCGGAAUUGAUGGCCAAAAUCCCAAAUUUUGGGGUAACAUUUGUUAACCAUCCACAAGUGUCUGCACCGCUUGGGGAGGAGGAUGAAGAGGCGCUGCAUUAUUUGACAAGAGUGGAAGUGACAGAAUUUGAAGAUAUUAACUCAGGUUACAGAAUAGAUUUUUAUUAUGAUGAAAACCCUUACUUCGAAAAUAAAGUUCUCUCCAAAGAAUUUCAUCUGAAUGAGAGUGGUGAUCCAUCUUCAAAGUCCACUCAAAUCAAAUGGAAAUCCAGAAAGGAUUUGACAAAACGUUCAAGUCAAACGCAGCAUAAAGCCAGCAGGAAGAGACAGCAUGAGGAACCAGCAGGCUUCUUCACCUGGUUUACUGAUCAUUCUGAUGCAGGUGCAGAUGAGUUAGGAGAGGUCAUCAAAGAUGAUAUUUGGCCAAAUCCAUUACAGUACUACUUGGUUCCGGACGUGGAUGAUGAGGAAGGGGAAGGAGAAGAAGAUGAUGAUGAUGAAGAGGAAGAAGGAUUGGAAGAUAUUGAUGAAGAAGGGGAUGCGGAUGAAGGUGAAGAAGAUGAAGAUGAUGAUGAGGGGGAGGGAGGAGAGGAAGAUGAAGGAGAAGAUAACUAAUGGAACACUGAUGGAUUCCAACCUUCCUUUUUAAAUUUUCUCCAGUCUCUGGGAGCAAGUUGCAGUCUUUUUCUCUUCUCCUCUUGUGUUCAGGCGCCCUGUUUUUGAGGUCUCUUUUCUCCUUUAUACUAUGGAUCACAACUUAUUUGGGGGGAAAAUACCUUGAGCAGAAUUCAGUGGGAAAAGAAUCUCUACCCCUUUCUGUUCCAAAUUCAUUUUUAUCCUUUCCUGUCUCAACAAAAACUUUAUGGAAUCAACACCACCAUUCUCUGUGGGAAAAAAGAAAAACCUGCUCCCUUAGCUCUGCUGGAAGCUGGAGGGUGCUAGGCCCCUGUGUACUAGUGCAUAGAAUUCUAGCUUUUUUCCUCCUUUCUCUGUAUAUUGGGCUCAGAGAUUACACUGUGUCUCCAAGUGAAUAUGGACAGUUAGCGUUUACCAACAUGUAUCUGUCUACUUUCUCUUAUUUAAAAAAAGAAAAAAAAACUUUAAAAAAUGGGGUUAUAGAAGGUCAGCAAAGGGUGGGUUUGAGAUGUUUGGGUGGGUUAAGUGGGCAUUUUGACAACAUGGCUUCUCCUUUGGCAUGUUUAAUUGUGAUGUUUAACGGACAUCCUUGCAAUUUAAGAUGACACUUUUAAAAUAAAAUUCUCUCCUAAUGAUGACUUGAGCCCUACCACUCGAUGGGAGAAUCAGCAGAACCUGUAGGAUCUUAUUUGCAAUUAACAUUCUCUAUUGUAAUUUUGUCCCUGUUUAUUUUUAAAUUUUUCUUUUUGUUUCACUGGAAAGGAAAGAUGAUGUUCAGUUUUAAACGUUAAAAUUGUACAAGUUGCUUUGUUACAAUAAAACUAAAUGUGUACACACACACCAAAAAAAAGAAACUGUAAAGGAUAUUAUUGGGACAAUUGAGGAAAUUUAAAUAAUGGGCUGAUUGUAUUUAUGUUAAGUUUCCUUAGAGUGAAUAGUAUAUAGUAGUUGCAUGUAAGGAUAGCUUUGUUCCUAGGAAAUACCUGCUGAAUGUUUAGGUGUGAAGGGUCACAAUAGCUUCAAGUAACUGUUUAAUGGAUUGGGGAAAAACAGAUAGAUAGACAGAUAGAUGGAAGAGGGAGGGAGAGAGAGAAUGUAGCAAAACAUCAACAAAUGAUAUGCCUAAAUGAAGGGUAUAUAGGGUGUUUAUUUGCUUUUUUUUUUUGGCUGCAUCCUGCAACUUGCAGUUUCCAUGACCAGGGAUUGAACCCGUGCACUCUGCAUUGGCAGGCAGAUUCUUAACCACUGUGCCACCAGUGAAGUCCCUUGACUACUGUUAAUUGAGUCAAGGGUAGGGCAUCUUACCCACAAACAUCUAAUCUAUAGAUUGGCAGGGGGUUCAUGAGAUGGACUGUCUUAAGGAAAUGGAUCCUCUCUUUGGGGAAUUCAGAUCUCAAGACAUGAAGAGUUGAACAGCUAUAGCAAGAUUAGAAAUCAUACAUCAAGAAAAGCAGGGAUGCACCUGAAACAAGAGUACCAAGAUGGCAGAGUCCUGGGAUAAGAACUGAUCAAAAACUUACUAAUGCUGAGAGAGUGACAGCUAGGUCUACACUGGGUCCUAAGGGCCACCCAGUUCCUGAGCCACAUUCCACUCUCUGUGAGACCUACAUAUUCAGCCCUUCUUGUAGUGACAAGUAGGGUUCUUAAACUUCCAUGGGGCCCAACUGUGUGUCUGAGGUUCCUGUUUCUUUAUGUAUCCUUAAAAUGUACCUCCAGGUUUCAGUUAGGGUGGUUCCAGUGCAAGUAGCAGGAAUCCUAACUCAGUCUACCUUAAACAGUAAGGAAAUACAUCUCAAAUAACAGGAGUUUCAAAGGUAGUGAGCUCUAUAGACAGCACUAUCAGGGCUGAAGCUCCAUAUCUCUCAGUUCUGACCUUCCCCCUCUAUUGGCUUUGUCAUCAAAGCCCACAGUUGGCUGUAAAUAGCAGUUGGAGCAACAUGUUCCUUGUUCAUAUCUCUUAGAGAGAAAUAGGGUCUCUUCCCCAAACCGUGUAAUAAAAAUCCUGCUCGUCAGCAUGAUUGUGCCAACUUUGGACAGAUGCCAAUCUUUGAAUGGCCUAAGAAAUGCCACAUGCAGGGAAUUCCCUGGCGGUCCAGUGGUUAGAACUCUGCACUCUCAUUGCUGAGGGCCCGGGGUUCAAUCCCUGGUCAGGGAACUAAAAUCCCACAAGCUGCACAGCAGGGCCAAAAAACCAAGCCAAAACAAAACAAAAUAAAAAAGAAAUGCCACAGGCUGAUUAGGUUAAGCCAGAAUCUCUGAACCAAUAAAAGGCAAGGAGAUGAUAUUGGCAUGAUUGACUUUAACUGCAGCGACCUACUGUUGGAGCUGAAGAUAGUCAGCUUUUUCUUAGUGACAUGGGAUGUGUAAGGGAAGAUGUGGACUCCUGAACAAAACUGGGAUUUUAUCAAGAAGGGAGAAGGAAGGAAAUGGAUGUCCUGAAGGCAGACAAUAGUAUUCACUACACCUCAUUCUCAAACAAACCUGUUGUUUGAGGUGGAACUAUACAAGUUGGAACUAUGUUUCAGCCUAGAGAGAGUUUCUGAACAUUAGUUUUUCUAAGUUUUCCUCAAGUAACCCACUUUAAUAUUUCUUAAUUCUCCUUUAAUUUUCCCACGUAAAAAUAUGUAAUACUUAUACAUUCAAAAGCAUACAUUUAUAUUGAGUAUAUAUGAUAUGUGUAUUUAAAUGUAUACUUUUGAAUGUAUGAAAUACUGUAUAACAUAUAUAGAUACUAUAAAAUAUUACAUACAUAGAGUAUAUUUAAGGGAUAAAGAAUAUUACUAAAAUGAACACCCUUGUACAUAUAACCUAAUUUAAGAAAAAGAAUAUUACCCAUAACUUUGACACUUUCUAUAUAAUCCUCUCUGAUUACGUUCCCUCCUUCUCUCACCUCCACCCCACCUCUUAGGUAACCACUCUCCUGGAUUUUGUAUUUGUCAUCCUUUUGGUUUACUUUAUAGUUUUACCGAUUACUUGUAUACCUUAACAAUAUGUUUGUAAUGUGUAUGCUUUUGAGUUGCCUAUAAAUGAAAACAUGCUGUAUAUAGUAAUUUUUGUGGUAGAAUAUACAUAACAUAAAAUUCACCAUGUUAACCAUUUUCAAGUGUACAGUUCAGUGGCAUUAAGUACAUUCACACUGUUGUGCAACCAUCACCACCGUCCAACUCCAAAUUUUUUUGUUUUCUAAAACUGAAACUCUGUACCCAUUAAACAAAAACUUCCAAUUCCUCCCUUCCCCCAACCCCUAUCAAUCCUGAUUCUAUUUUUUGUCUUCAUGAAUUUGACUACUCUAGUUACC